AUGGUGUCGUUAGUAAUGUUUGUGUUGGUGGUUCUAAUCACUAAUUCCAUGGAUAUAAGGGUCUCUCAAGCUACAUCUCGUAUCACUUUGCACAAGCCAUCCAUUGUUGAUUACCACCAUCAAUGGAUGGUUCAAUUCUCUCGAGUUUAUAAGGAUGAAUUCGAGAAACAAAGGAGGCUUCAAGUGUUCAAGAAAAACUUGAAAGUCAUUGAGAACUUCAAUAAUAUGGGGAACCAAAGCUACAAACUUGGCGUCAACGAGUUCACAGAUUUGACAGAGGAAGAGUUCUUUGCCACCCACACCGGCCUGGGAAGCAUGAACUUAACUUCACUAUCCAAACAGCUAGUUAAUGAAACGAUGUUAUCUAAGAAUUGGAACUAUAGUUAUGUCGACGAUACGAGCAAAGACUGGAGAGCUGAAGGAGCUGUAACACCUGUUAAAAGUCAAGGAUCAUGUGGAAGUUGUUGGGCAUUCUCAGCGGUUGCAGCGGUGGAAGGUUUAACAAAGAUUAUCGGCAAAAACCUUAUAUCACUGUCGGAACAACAACUUAUAGAUUGCGACAAACAUAACGGUGGUUGCACGGCGGGACAGUCGUAUGACGCUUUCGAUUACAUAGCCAAAAACCACGGCAUUGCUUCAGAAGUAGAAUACCCUUACGAAACCAAAGAAGGGAGCUGCCGUUCCAACAUAAGUCCCGCGCCAGGCACACAGAUCAAAGGGUUCCAACAGGUUCCAAGCAACGACGAGCGUGCGUUGCUCGAGGCCGUAUCAAGACAGCCCGUGUCGGUGUACAUGGACUCGAGGUCAUUCGGCUUUGGGAAUUACAAAGAGGGUGUGUAUGAGUACACUCCACAAGACUGUGAUCAUCACGAGGUAAAUCAUGUAGUGACGUUCGUAGGAUAUGGGACUAGCGAUGGGAAAUAUGGGAAGAACUACUGGUUAGCUAAGAACUCUUGGGGUGAGACUUGGGGAGAAGAGGGUUACAUCAGGAUUCGUAGAGAUGUGGCGAUGCGUCAAGGCAUGUGUGGUGUGGCUCAGUAUGCUUUUUAUCCGGUUAUGUAA